UUACAAUAGAAUCAAUUGAAAACAAUGAACAAUGGUGCAAACCCCACGGUUAUAAGUUAGUAUCCAUCGGCGGUGUCUCUUCAUUCUCGGUAAUCACCUACGAUAGUGUAGAUUGUCCACUCCAAAAGGUAGCAAAAAUGUUAAUCGCAUCGAAAUUCAUUCUGGUAAUCGUUUCCAUAUCGCUAGUAUGGGGAUAUCCCCAGCAACUGCCCCAAGAAGAAAAACAACCGGAGAGAGAAGAACUUGAAGAAAUACCGAAAAUAUUCAACACUCCGGCAGAGAUUGAAGUUCAACCGAACAGUGCGCCGGUUCUGGGAGAAGACGCCAAAUUUGUGAACAAAGAUGGCUUGAUAAGGAACGACAGAUCUGCUGCAUACACUUACUAUUAUCCUGGAGUAUACUACUAUCCACCGAAAUUCCGUUGGAACCCUUACUACUACUACAACUAUUACUACUGGUGGCUGUAACAAGACCAAGUGCAAGUGUUUAAUUAAAGAAUAGUGUUCUAGUUGAUACAAAAAUGCCACAGAUGCCAUUUCCAUACUAUUGAUAAAGUGAAAAAUUCGUGAUAAUAAUUUUCUUUCAAUUUUGUAGGAAUAGAAAGAGCAAUAAAAUCAAGAGAAUCGUA